AUCUGUUCCACGCAGAAGAAGACAGCUGACGGUCCAAAGUCCAGACAACCUGUCUCAAAGCUGCUCUUAGGAAAACAGAAGCAGCAUUAUGAACAGGCUGAAGGUGAUCUCCGGACACUUGUUUCCCGGCGGCUCCUCGGAGCAUGUCCGGGUCUUACGGAGCACUGAGUGCGGCUCCUCGGUGCCCAGUUCCGGGGAAGAAGUGGUGGUGGUCCACGGACGGAGGACCGCGAUCGGAAAGGCUAAAAGAGGAAGCUUCAAGGACACCACCCCUGACGAGCUGCUGAGCGCUGUGAUGACAGCUGUGCUCACAGAUGUUGGACUGUCUCCUGAUCAGUUGGGUGACGUCUGUGUGGGUAACGUGCUGCAGCCUGGAGCUGGAGCUCUGAUGGUCCGGGUGGCACACUUCCUCAGCGGUUUUCCAGAGACGGUUCCUGUUUACACGGUGAACAGACAGUGCUCCUCCGGCCUACAGGCGCUCUUCAACAUCGCAGGAGCCAUCAGGAGUGGAUCCAUCGAUCUGGGCCUCGCCUGCGGAGUGGAGAGCAUGUCGCUUCGGUCCAUCGGGAAUCCAGGAGAUCUGAGCUCCAGACUGGCGGAUAACGACAAGGCCAGGGACUGCCUUAUCCCAAUGGGCAUCACGUCGGAGAACGUCGCUGAGAGGUUCGGAGUGUCCAGGGAGAAGCAGGACAAAUUUGCACUAAAUUCACAGCUCAAAGCAGCCAAGGCUCAGAACUUGGGUCGGUUCGACCAGGAGAUCGUUCCCAUCUCCGUCACAGUCACUGACGAUUCAGGAAACGAACGCCGGAUGGUGGUGAGGAAAGAUGAAGGCAUCAGAGCGGGAACAACCCUAGAGGGACUCUCCAGACUCAGACCCGCCUUCAAACCCGAUGGCAGCACCACAGCAGGUAACUCCAGCCAGGUGAGCGACGGGGCGGCGGCUGUACUGCUGGGCCGCAGGUCCGCUGUGGAGGCUUUGGGUCUUCCAGUUCUGGGAAUCCUCAGGGGCAGUGCCGUGGUGGGGGUUCCUCCGGACGUUAUGGGGAUCGGACCGGCACUAGCCAUCCCUGCUGCUCUACGGCAGGCAGGUCUGACUGUGGACGACAUUGAUGUGUUUGAAAUCAACGAAGCCUUCGCAAGCCAGGCUGUGUACUGUGUGGAGAAGCUGGGCAUCCCGCUGGAGAAGGUGAAUCCUAACGGGGGGGCCAUCGCCCUUGGUCACCCUCUGGGCUGCACUGGAGCACGGCAGGUGGUGACGCUGCUAAACGAGCUCCGACGCAGAGGCAGGAGGGCGUAUGGAGUCGUGUCCAUGUGCAUCGGCACAGGCAUGGGAGCUGCAGCCGUCUUUGAGUUCCCCGGACUGUAGUAGGAUAGUAGCUGCUGAAAGGUUCUGGGAAGCACCGCGAUGGAGGCAGUUCAGGGAGAGGGUUUAACAGAUAAUUCUAGAUUUAUUUGCUUGUCAAUUCUGAAAGCUUCCUGAUUUAAAUCUUGAUAAUCUACUGCCCUCUUUGUGCCUUUCUACUGUGUAUAAACCAUGUGGAAAGUUUUUAACUUUAUCGUAUUUGGAUUGAAUAAGGAAUCAACUGGUGAAACCAGAACAUUUCUUUAAUGCUCCGGCUGCUACAAUGAUCCAAACUGUCCUGUUUCAGCUUAGAACCCAAAGCUUUUUGAUCAGGAUAGAAAAAUGUUAAGAGUUAGAUUGUCACAGUGGGAAAACUGGACCUGAUCUCCAGGGUCUGAUCAGUUUAUAGCUGAAGAAUGACAACAGAACCAACAGGAAGACCUUGUGUAUUAAGUGUCAGAUCAGUUCAGUGAUCAAACUGGGUUUCCAUUCAGUGGGCUCGGAUAUUCUUCAUACAAUACAUUUCUGUCCCAUAUUUAAAGACCUAUUCUAUUAAGUUACUCAAUCAUCCAAUCGCCUGUUUCUCAUUUGGAGAUUUUCUUUUGAUAAAACCUGAGAAAAGAAACACUAGAACUUUGCAGAAUCCUGUUGGGCUCAACUUUAUACGAUGCUGUGGGUUUAAAGUUUUUAACCUGCCUAAUGGAUGCAGUAAACUAAGACCUAAACAUGCCUUAAUGGUGACUGAACCUCAGAGUGAUCAUGCAUCAGAACAUGUUUCUGGUACCUUCUCUGGAGAUUGAAAGGAGGAGCUAAUUUUUCCCAAGAUAGUAAGUAAAUUAUUCUAGAUUAGAAAUUAUUCAAGCUGUAGAUUAUCCAUCAUUGGUUCUUCACUGAUGACGAGAAGCUCACGAGAUCCGUUCUGAUGAAUAAAACCAAUCUUUCUUCCAUGAACACCUUCUCUCCUCUCAAAGAUCUCACUGAGUGACUUUGGGUUAAACAGAGUAUUUCCCAGAAAUGACUGGAGUCAAUCUCACUUUAUGUUUAAUAAGGGGGGUUUUUAUCUGCAGAUAUUUUAGAUGAAUAUUCAGGUUUAGAUUAAGUAAUUAUUAUGAGAAGGCUGAAUGUUCCUUUUCUUUCUUAUUCCCUUUUUCUUAUUUUGCACAAACAUUUUUAUCUUUUUGAAAAUGAGCCACAGAGAAAAUUCUGUAAUCAGUCUUGUCUUUACAGAAAGUGCUAUAACAUGCAAAGUUUCCGAGACUUCUUGACUCCUGUAGGAGUGCCUUUAGCAGAACAGGACAGUUUUUAAUUUACAAUAAUAAUAAUAAUAAUUUAUAUAAUAAAAGCUCACAAAGAAAUAAAAAACAUUUCCCAAACAAAGGGCAACACCUCAAGUCUGAAAAUGUUUUUUUUUUAAGAAAAACCUCCAGUUCUUCAGUUUUAACACUUUUUAAUGUCUGACUCGUUUCUUUCUGUAAAUAAAUGAAAUCUGUAACUGAUGACCUCAAACUGUGAGAUCUUUAAGUAGAUUUUGUGAUAAUAAAGCCUGAAAACUUGCUCUGAA